CCCUCCUCAGACAGUGGUGAGAAGAAGACCCCUGCCAUGCCCGGCUCUCCUGUGGAUGUCAAGACUCAUUCCAGACCAGUCCCCAGACCAGUCCCCAGCAGCAGCAGCGCCACCAUGCCGCCCCUGCCCUCCGUGAACCCCAGCGGACCCCGGCCAGCCUCCUUCUCCUCCACCACUCUGACCAAUGGAAUCCACCACUCCCCGCCCACCCUAAAUGCUGUGCCCUCGCCGCCCCAGCGCUACAGCAAUGGGCCUAGCUCCUCCUCUUCCUCCUCGCUGGCCAAUCAGCAGCUCCCGGCCACAUGCGGCGCCCGACAGCUCAGCAAGCUCAAACGCUUCCUGACGACGCUGCAGCAGUUCGGCAACGACAUCUCGCCCGAGAUCGGAGAGAGUGUCCGCAACCUGGUGCUGGCCCUCGUGAAUUCAACAGUCACCAUCGAGGAGUUCCACUCAAGGCUCCAGGAGGCCACCAACUUUCCCCUGAGGCCCUUCGUCAUUCCCUUCCUCAAGGCCAACCUGCCCCUGCUGCAGAGGGAGUUGCUCCACUGUGCGCGUGCGGCCAAGCAGACCCCAGCCCAGUACCUAUCCCAACACGAGCACCUCCUACUCAGCACCACUCUGGCCUCGCCCCCCGACUCCUCGGAACUGCUGCUGGAGCCCAGCGAGAGAGAGAGAAACGCGACCGUUAAGAGACACAGUCCUAACAGGUAGCUAUGUUCAGUAGAGAUACAGACCGUUAAGAGACACAGUCCUAACAGGUAGCUAUGUU